UCUCUCUUAGUUUUUUUUUUUUUAUAUAUAUACCAGGAUGCAUCGUAUACAUCGGCUAUACUUCCGGUUUCGUGUUGUCAUUCCUGAAUUCUCCUGCACAAUAUAAGGAUUGUUUAUAUUUCUUAUAUAGAAAGCAGUUUGGGGCUUCAAAAGAAGAACAGCCCUAACAGUCUUUAUAAAGCGCCUGAAGCGUAAGGAGGGUGAAAGCUAUUUAGAGUUUCUAUCAAGAGGCAGGAAAGAAUAUGCAGCCCUGCCACCUGAAGAAAAAAAAAAACUAUCUAAAGAGGCUGCUACCCUUGCUUUUCCUAAAACUAUGGAAGAGAAACAAUUAUUUAUGAAGCAGCUUGAGCGACAAUUUAAAGAAGUGGCAAGAGUUCUUUUACGCGUUGGAGCAGUAUUCUACUUUGAAGUAGAAAUUGACAAAAUUAACUACACUGCAGCACAUGACAACCUUCCAAGGCAUGUGUUUGCAAAAACACCACCACUUAAGACACCAUCCAAAAUUACACAUCUGCGCCAAUGUGUGCAGAAAGUUUUUAAUGACUCCUAUGGAAGAGCAUUGGGGAAGGAGGACUGUCAUUCCCCCUUCCCAUACAAGAAACACCGUCUGGCACCUGUAGUAACAGUUACAGGGAUGCCAGAUGGUGUUCCUUUUAAACACCCUUCAAAUUAUGGGGCUUCCAAACUGAAGAAAAUACUUGCAAAUAAGGCACUCAUCAAGAUGGAGCUUAUAGCCCCGAGUGCCACAGAAGUCAUCCACAGCAGCGUGGAGACAGAUAUUUUCAUGGCCUCAGACAGAGCCUCAGGAGUAGAGAACACCAUGGCGCAGGAUAUUGUUGCACAAGAACCAAGUCCGUGUGCUGCAGAAGUCAUCCACAGCAGCGUGGAGACAGAUAUUUUCAUGGCCUCAGACAGAGCCUCAGGAGUAGAGAACACCAUGGCGCAGGAUAUUGUUGCACAAGAACCAAGUCCGUGUGCUGCAGAAGUCAUCCACAGCAGCGUGGAGACAGAUAUGGAAGAGGCACCUACAAACCCUUUGCAACUUAGCACAGUAAUGAAGAAGUCUGCAAAGCAACACCAGCAAUCCAGGGAGAAAAGCCAAAGAACAGGAUUCAGAUCUCUGUGGACAGCAGCAGAAAUACUCGUUGUCCAGCAACACUUCAGCCAGGAGUUGGCUGGGCUGAAGCCAGUGGCACGCAGCAGCAUUGACAGUUUUUUGGCCCAACAAACAGUGGUUAAAAGAACAGCUACUGCACUGGGAAAUUAUCUAUUAAGGAACAGGAAGAAAAUCAGACCUAAUGAUCAGCAGUGAAUCAAAGCACCUCACCCACAUUGAUGACGCUUGAGAUGUUGGAUUGAGUCUAAUGAAGGGCAUUCCGUACUUUCAAGACACAUUUUUACUGCCAUGUCAUCUGUUUCACAGAGCUGACUGGUGGGGUGGGGGGUUCUUUCUGGGUACUGCAACUUCUUUAUCACCAUCCACCUGUGUGAUAAUGCUACAUGAUACAGCCCAACAAAUUCAAGACAUUCAAAAAUUGCAAUUUUUCCUUCUUAGUAGCUGUCAGUUGCAUGGAGCUAUAUGCAUUCUUCAUUGUGUUGAUGUCUUUGCAGACAUAAACCAUUUGCCCAGUGAUGUGGUUUGAGCCUAGUACAGAAAAAGCACAUGUUGUAUGAUUAUGUGUACUAGUAAAGUUGGGACAAACAAUGUAAGGAAUGUGUUGCUGUCCACGCGAUUUUGACAUGGUAGGGGGUUUUGGUUGUGUGGCUAUUACUAAGCUUCAGAUCUUAUGAACUGACUAUUUGAUCUACACUGUUGGUGUUGCUAUUGUGGUUGUGUUGUAACUGAGUAUAUAAAAAAGCAAUGAAGUGGAAGAUUAUAAGUUUUUUUAAUUGGUCUGUAAGAUUAAAUUCUUUGCUGGCAUGUGUUUGUGCAACAGUGAUCCUCAGGAUUCAUCAUAAAUAUAAAACAAUUAUUGUCAUUUUGAUGUUUUUUGGUGUAAUGAAAAAUUGUCUUAAGUAUUGGUUUUUAGCUUGCCUAUCAAUAAGGGAUGACCAAUUUUAUGCCUUGUCAAAAUAAAACCAAGCAUACUGUAUCAUA